UGUAGAAAAUUUGGUAAUCAACAUCAGUGUUAAUUAAGCCACAUACAGAGCUGGGCAUGGAGAAAAUAAAAUGGAAUUUUCAGAGUCUGGACCAGCUUCACUACGCAGUGAACUCCACGUUACGAUACGCCAUGCAGAACGAGAGAUGUAAACGGUGGUCUAAGGUGAUAGAGACGUAUAACCUGGUCCUGUGGAUGAUCGACCUGAAGAACCUCCCCAAUGAUUACGAGCCCCCAGCUCUCUACCACAUGCUGAUGUAUGAGACAUAUUAUCACAUUGGAGUCGCCUACCAACACAUAGGGGACCAUAAAAGAGCAGCUGACGCCUACACAAACGCCAUCAACACAGUUUCUAUUCCUAAGAAUGGUUGUUUGGCCGGGUGUGUUACCAAUUCCUGUCUGAUGACACCAUUAUACGCAAGAAGAGCUUUUGCAUAUGUUCGAAUAGGUGAUAUGAAAAAUGCAAUGAAAGACGCAGAAAAGGCAGUGGUGCUAGACAGUAAAAACCCUGAUGUGUACUGUAUACGAGCUUUAACAAAAAGUUCAGAUGACAACGAAGGAGCGGCUUUGAAGGAUGUUGAGCUUGCAUUAAAGUUUAAACCCGGUCAUCUUUGUUCCUUAAUGUUGCGAUCAGCACUUACAAAGCCACUGGUUUCACAAUUUUCAAGCUUACUUGCCGUAGUCCAGAAGGUGGAUGCAAUGAAAUCUGAAAAUGAAAGCUGUGCCACAGUUACGAAUUUCAGACACCCAUGCAUUAUGGAAUUUUACGACAAAUACUUGUUUACCCUGUGUGUACCACACACCGUUGUCCAAAUCGACCUGACGCCCAAUAAACCAAGCAAGAAACAGUUAGCAGAAUCACAAAAAGAGGCACCCAAAGACACACUUAAACAGCGACCUUUCUCUGCGCCAGACAGGAUAUCUGUUGAGCCCUUCAAGUGUGGGACAUCUAGUAAUGAAUUUGACAAGAUGGCCACAAGGAGACGAAAAGAUUAUGGGGAGGCAAUCCGGAAACAUAUUAGUCGACCGAAAACAGCAAACGCAUUUUUUGAACAAUUAGAACGUGAACGGAAGAAACAAGCCGACAUAACAGAAAUGGAGAGACGGCGAGUUGUUUCAGCAGGAGUCAAGCGUCUUAAUGAGACUGCAUUAGUUUCCGGUACUGCGCACGCAGAGUCGCAUGCAAAGUUAAACAGGCGCUACCAUUCAGCACCAGUUACGCGCCUGACAGGGACAAAAUUAAAUUCAACGUCAACAACAAUAAAAGAUCUAGAAAGUUCCAAGCCACCAAAGCCACAGAAACCAAGUUAUAAUAAAGAAAACAAAGAAAAUAUUCCAAGGUCUUCCACCAACAAAAAUAGCACAAAGGAUUCUGAAUUACGCAGAAAUAAAUCGGUGACCAUAACGGAAAAUUCUCCGGAUGUAAAGAAAAUCUCCACCAAAAAAUUUACAUUUCCUACUCCAGUGAAUUAUUCAACACCUGUAUUUCAACCGGUGAAUGUUCGAGAUGCCCCGAGGAUGUAUUACAAACCUUGGAAAGGUGAUAUGCUACCUGUUGCAGAAGUAAAUCGACAUAUUCUUGCGCCAUGUUGGAAGUAAUACACAAUUCAAGUACCAUAUGUGACACGGUUUACUUAGAUAUUAUCUUAACAUUGCUAUGAAAGAAUUUUUUAAAUUGAAAUAAAUUCAUGUUUCUCAACUUUAUUUUUCCCCCCGAAAACCUGUACAUGUAUUUUUCUUAAAUUGGAAAAAAAUCAAUCAAUUAUAUCUAAUCCUUUAUAGGUGUACAUUGUCUGCAUGAUUAUUGCAUUAUAGGUGUACCAUUGUUAUGGAUUAUUGCUUUAGAAAAUAUAAUUAAAGAAGAUUGAAAAUAUUGUUGCAAGUUAUAGCCAUGUUUUGUUAUAUGA